AUGUCUGAAGUCCACGGUGAUGCUGAGCCCGUUCCAACGGGCCCUGAGCAGCUGGAAUAUCCCCUGGCGCUGGCUCCUCGACAAGUAACUUUGCGGGACCGGGUGACUGUGGCAACGCUGAUGCCGUUCGCCUCAGCGGACGAUGUGCCCCGAUCGCUCCUCACGUAUCUCUCCGACCAAUUCAACAAAGAAAUUGAAAAGGGAGAUACCUAUGCCAUGACGGAGCCUAUACCGCUGGCCCAAUUUGGACGAUAUUGGUUCUCUAAUUUCGGCGUGGUUAUGCUGCUCGGCGACAUCCAGAGUGUUGAGCAGACACACUCCAUGGACCGAGCUGGAGCCAACUGGAUGAAGAUCUGCCUGGGUGGUUUCCAUAUUCGACCCAAUUACCCUGGUCGUAGUAGCCAUGUUUGUAACGGCACCUUUAUUGUCACGGACGCUGCUCGAAACAAGGGUGUAGGUAGGUUGAUGGGCGAAGCAUACCUUGAGUGGGCUCCCCGCCUAGGCUACACCUAUGCUGUCUUCAACUUGGUCUAUGAAACCAAUGUUGCUUCCUGUCGUCUAUGGGAUUCUUUAGGCUUCAAGCGGAUCGGAAGAGUUCCCGGCGGAGGCCAGCUCAAAUCGCAACCAGGAGAAUUCGUUGAUGCAAUCAUCUACGGCCGUGGCCUCAGUUUAGAUGGCGAGGAUUCGGUAUCACAAGACCGCUUUGAGAAGAUUCGAUAUUAUCUGAAGCACUCUAAAUACCCCCGGGGAGCAGAUCGAGCCGAGAAGAGUCGGCUUCGCAGUGCGGCUACUCAUUAUAAGCUAAUUGGCGGAGACAAUGGCGAACCCGAGAAACUGAUGCUAAAGGACAAAGAGGUUGUGUCUGAUCCACAGCAGCAAUAUGAAAUUGCCAGAGAAGUCCACCUGAAACAACAUGCGGGAAUUAACAAGACCACUGCUGCAAUUGCGGUCAAGUAUCACUGGGUGCGGAUCAAGGAGACCGUGAACAGAGUGAUUCGAGAUUGCCCACAGUGCAAGGAGACUCUCAAAGCGCCUCCAAUACCUGGUACCAGGGAUGAUGACAAGUCGACUUCAGUCGAGGCACCCGACUUGGAAGAAGAAGACACGAUGGACCACGAUGAAACCGAGACGUCUGAUGCUCCCACCAAUGUACCGACCGAAAUUCCGCAGGCCAUGGACGAAGCACCCGACCAGCCCCCCAGCCACAAUCCGUUUAUCAAUCCUCCCGGGUCUGCAAAUGUCCCCACAGCCGUUCAUUCCAUGGCCAGCUUCAACCCAAUGCCUCUGGACCCUCAGAUCAUGCAGCUGCAACAACAGCUGCGGCGCUACCAACAGCAGAACGCCAUGGCUGGCGCAUUUGCUCCGGGCCCUCACAAUAUGAACAUGUCCAACUUUGAUGACGCCAUGCGUUACCACACCGCGAGCAAUGCCUACCAGAUGAUGGUGGACGAUGGCUCUGAUCCCUUCCGACAAGAGGUGCUUGGGUUGAUGAACCCAUCGUCACACCAGGACUUACAGCAUGAUGCCGAGUUGCUCGCUAAAUAUGAGUAUGGCAGCCCAUCGGACGGGAAUUAUGACUUUACCUGA